AUGACUGUGAACAAGAACCAUCUCUCAAAGUCUGUAGAACAUAGCAGGAGCAGCAACAAUGAGCAAGGUGGUGUUGUGUGCCGCGCUGGCACUGCUCUGUACUGUAGUCGUGUACGGAGAAAUCCAAGUGCAGAGUAACUUCAACCUUAAUCAGUUUAUAGGGAAAUGGUACAUCAUCGGGAUGGCCUCUGAUGCACGAUGGUUCACUACGAGGAAAGAGAAGUUUACAAUGAGCACAAUUCUUAUGAAACCUGCUGAGAAUGACAAAGUCGAGACGGUUUUGACUAAAGUGAGCCGUGGAAAGUGUUUGCAGAUAAUCUUCCCCUACAGGAUGACAGGGCAGGAAGGACAAUUUGUAUUCCACAGUGACCGUUGGAACAAUGACCAUGAUGUGUAUGUGACAGAAACUAACUACGAUGAAUAUGCUUUGAUACACAACACCAUCACCAAAGGCCCAGAAGUGACGACCCUGGUGAAAUUGUACGGUAGGGACCAAGAGCUGAGACCAGAAAUCUUGGAGAAGUUCCGACAGUAUUGUCUGGCGCACGGACUGGAGGAAGAAAAUAUUGUCACUUUUGCUAAACGAGAUGAAUGCCAACCCACCCCUGCUUAGAACUGAACAGCGGAGCCUGUGCUGAAGGAAAUCCAAAGGAAGGAAUAACCACACUGCCAAUCUGCUCCAUGCCUUUCUCCACGCACCUUGUAGACUGCAGUUACAUAGUCAACUAUCAAUAAAGUCAUUAAUAAUCA